UUGAACAUCUCCUUCCCUCUUUCUCUACUUUUCCAUUCUUUUAAUAUUCAGUCUCUUUUCCUCUGCAAGUUUAUUUUAAUAGUUGCGUGAAGCAAAAUCUUGGAAUUUUGGUGUUUUUGUGUUACUCAAAGAUCUGAGUUUUGAGUAAAAUUCCAGUUUUCUCUUUCGGUUUUUCUCGGAAAAUGGGGAAGAAAGAUCAGUGGACGGAAGAGAAAAUGAACCAAAGAGUUCAAUCCGUUCUUCAACUCGUUAAGAAACAGUCACCAUUAACACCCAAACAUGAGAAUUUUUGCAGUAAUGCUUGCGUCGAGAGAUUUCUAAGAGCAAAAGGUGAUAAUGUGAAGAAGGCUGCUAAGCAUUUACGAGCUUGCCUUGCUUGGAGAGAGAAUGUUGGCACUGAAAAUUUGAUAGCAGAUGAGUUCUCAACUGAGAUAGCUGAGGGAGUUGCUUAUAUUGCUGGUCAUGAUGAAGAGUCCAGGCCUGUCAUGGUAUUGAGGAUGAAACAAGAUUAUCCAAAGUUCCACUCACCUAAACAGUUUACUCGUCUUCUGGUUUUUACAUUGGAGGUUGCAAUAUCAACCAUGUCCAAGAACAUCGAAAUGUUCGUUCUACUCUUCGAUGCAAGCUUUUUCAGAUCAGCAUCUGCUUUCAUGAACUUGUUGCUGGCAGCAUUGAGAAUUGUGGGCGAGUACUACCCAGGACGACUUCACAAGGCCUUUGUCAUCGACCCCCCUUCAUUGUUUUCUUAUCUUUGGAAGGGUGUUCGUCCGUUUUUGGAAUUAUCAACGGCUACGAUGGUGGUUUCAUCGCUAGACUACGAAGAAUCACUAGAAUUCAAUGGCUUCACAUCAUACCCGAGAGAGUCAUCGCUCCGAUUUGACCCAUCGUCGAUCAAAUCGACGGCCGAGAUCGGCUCGUGCUCAUCGUCCCGUUUCUCCUUCACCGUAUCGCAUCAUUUCGACUCUCUUAAACCAUGGUAUCUCACCCUGACGACCGACACGUCAUCAUCCAAAGUCGGACCCACCGCCAGCCCCUCCCCUCUCGGCCCGGCCUUAAUCUCGCCACUCAACGCGCGGUCGCUCUCGUUCGCAUCAUCGGCCGCCGGGACGCCGAGCGGCAACAUCAGCAUGAGGAAGAGCUUGUUCCCGUCUACCCCUCUACCGCAACGCAGCAAAGGCUUCGAGUCCGUCAAGGUCAACCACCCGCGGACACCACGGCCGUCGUUCCUCCAAUCGCCGGCGAUGUUUUUCCGGAGAGACGGACACGUCAGCACGAAGGCGGAGAAGUCUAGAGAAUCGUUCCUGCCGUAUUUGAGAUUCUACCGGAGGCCGUACGAUGAGAUGAUUUAUCGGUCAAUGAUGCGGCCACCUUUAGGUGGCUUGAUCUCCAUCGUUAAACGUCGCCACAUGUCCGUAUCUCAACGGUUCUAGACCAAAAAAAGGAAUAAAAGAAAAAGGCAAAGAGAAG